ACCGCUAAAGUUGGCUCGUGCUCGCGUUCGCGUUCGCGCUUCGUGUUGCUCAUCAAUGGCGCAUAUCUAAUCGGUCUUGUCUUGUCCUCGAGAGAGAGUGUGUACCUCAAGUGUUUUUCCGCCCCAGCACGGGGCGAUUGUUCCCAGGCACCUCACCGUGCACCGUGUGUGAUCUGUGGUCGCGAUGAAACCCAUGAAGCCAUUACCCCCACCGAAACCGGUGCGCAGUGUCACCCUACAGCGGCCAUCGGAUUAUUCCCGUGACAGUGGCAUAUCGGUCACUGAUGAGCCUUCGCCAACUCCGUCGAUAGUUCCCGAUAGUCGUGGUGGUGUGCGUCAAUUAGCGAGUAGAUUCGAAUCAAUCUCACUACGUCAGAGCGGAUCCACGGUUAGUGCUCGUGGUCCGGAACAAGUGCCGGGGCGGCAGGUGAAACAAACCACCAACAACAACAACAACAAACCAGUCAUUCCACCCAAGCCACUUCACUACACUGGACUUUCCGCCACGGAACGGGCACUGUUUGCGCAGCGUGCGAAUCAAAUUGCCGAACGCAUCUACGAUACGGUGUGCGAGAGAUAUCCGCCACCGGCGAUAAAUACUGAAGAGGAACGCGUGACAGAGUUACACUUUGCAGAGGAGCUUGAAGACCCAACAUCCACGGAUGGGUAUUCCUCCUUUGAAUCAUCCUCGGAGAAUGAAGAUGAAACUUACGAACCUGAAAUCCCGGUAUCCCGGUCAUCCCCAUCAUCGCCAUCUCCAUCAUCACCCGUCGCUGUGGAGCAAGAUGCCCACGAACAAACACACGAAUCCCAUCGACUGCAGCAAAUCAUCGAUGAGAUGCUCGAGAAAGAGCAGAAGUACAUCGAGAACCUGGCACACGGCAUUCGGCGCUACAUUCCGGCCAUGUACUCCCAGAAUCUUCCCACAGCGCUGCGUGGCCAGAAGAACACAAUCUUCGUGAACUUGGAGGAAAUCUGGGCCACACAUCGGGAUCACUUUCUGCCCGAUCUUAACCAUGCCGCUGACCUGACCGCGAAUCACACGGCAGGCGACGUAGUCGAACGGAUUGCACAAACUUUCCUUGAUUACAUCGAGGGGGAUCGAUUCUAUUGUUACAUCCGGUAUGCGAUGCAUCAGCCCGAAGCGGAACUGCUUGUGAUGCGGUACAGCGAUUACUUCCUCAAGAUACAGAACGAUCUGGGCGAUCAGCUUGGACUCAACAGUUUACUGCUGCAACCGAUUCAGCGACUUCCCCGCUACAAGCUACUGCUGAACGAGAUGGUAAAGGAUCUGCUCAAGGAUAAAGAUGGAAUGCGCACGAUGAACCGCAGGACGGCGUUGCUCUGCAAGGUGGACAAACGAUUGAGCAACUUCAUCGAGCGUGUUAAUCAGGCCAUCAACAUCCGGGACAUACGCCAGCUGCAAAGCUACGCACCGGCCACCGUGAUGAUGAGUGCCCUGACACCAUCGUCCGAUGUGCCGCUCGUGAUGAUACUGCAGCCGGAGGGAAACAGGAAUCCCGAUCGUGACACACCGAUUAACCUACUCUACCAGGGACGAUUCCGCCGGUUGUUCUUGCUGGACAUUUACGAUACCAACGUACGGCGGCGGUACAGUGGGAAGCUGUUUGCUUUCGAGAAGCUACUGCUCUACGUGGAGCUAGUGCGCGAUCGGAUGGAGUACCGUGGCCACUAUUUUGAUACCGAACUGUGUCACUCCGAGGAUGGCCGUAAUCGGAUCGUGCUCUGUGCCGGUACGCGCGGUACUCAAGAGAUCAUCGUACAAUCGGAAACGAACACGGAAAUCCAAUCCCUUCUCGCGCUACUCCACUCCAUGACAAGGGCUGUGAUUUAUGAUGAGGUAAAUGAGGCGACCGGUGAGGACCAGCUGCAGCAGUACGAGCUGGAGGAUGAUGAUGAUGAUGAUGUCUUUGCCACUUCAUCCACCAACGGAACGGAUGCGGAAGACCAGCAGGAAGCUUGGGAUGAGCAACGGUUAACGGUGACCCUGGUAGAAGCACAGCAACAGUUCCUCGAGGUACUGGUUGCUAAUCGACGGUUCUACCUCGACACGCUAACCGUCGAGCUAAAGAUCAAGCUGGCCGCCUUCAUCAGUGCCUUCGAGGCGAUUCUCAAUCUUCACAACCAGAUCCUGGAGGAUCUAUCUCAUCCAGCGACCCCUGUCGGCCCAAACGAGAUCUGCCAGUGCUUUCUUCGUUAUCUAAAGACUGAUCAUUUUGCGUCCUACUUCGAUUAUCUGCGAGAGUUUCGGAAGGCCAUCAAAUGGAUACAGAACGGCCAGAGACCUUCCAACUUCAACAACCGCGUCGCAUCGACGGUGGAGCAGUUCACCUUCCUCUGCAUCGAGCAUCUGCAGGAGUUCAACCGCUACUUCGAAGCACUCAUCAUCAAGUACUCGGACGACAGUAGCCUCAAUGUGCCCAUCAACACCGAGCUCUUCCAGCAGCUUGCCUUCGCUCAGGUCCGUCUGAAUGCGUUCCGCGUGAACCUGGGACAAACGUACAAGCUGUACCUCCUGGACGAACGGAUUCCCUCGUACGGUCCGCUGAUCUACGAUGAUCGAGCCUCGUUGUACAGACCGUUGCGCGAAAAGGAUGCUGGCCUCUGCCGCAUGUUCAUCUGUCGACGGGCAACGAUCUGCGUCAAGAUCAAGCUCGAGGAAUCGGAUGAGCUGGAAGGUACUGGAGACCGGAACAAAGGCGACCCAUCGAACAAGGAAGCGGAACGAUUGCUGCGGAUAGUGUUUGUCGAUCGUUUCGGUGGUCGCGGUACGCUGAUGCGAAUGCGCCAGAGCAAACGACACUCGCAGCGACUUAACUUUGUGCUCGAUGGGCUAAAGUUUCGGAUCGAUUUCGAUAGUAAGGAGUGCAAGAAACGGUUCUUCGAUCGUCACGUACAUCAGUACGCUCAAUGAGCGUGUGUGCUAUUGGGCCAACAGGGGGCCAAAGGGUUGGAUUACAUCUAUCAUCAUCUUAAGAUCACGAAUUAUCGAAUAUAGCGCCGGAUUCCGGAGGAGAUCAGA